AAUCCCGCCUUAUCAGUUCCAGCAAGAGAGUUCGACUUUCAGUUCCAUUUACAACUAGGGUUUCAAGUUCUACAGCUAUUCUCAAUGGAUGAAGAUGUUUCUCGAUGGAUCAUCGACUUUCUUCUUCGACAACCGCUCCACGAUAGGAUUAUCGACAAACUUUUAAGCGUUCUCCCUUUCUCCAUACACGAUUCGAGCUUAAAGAAAUCAAUACUUGUUCGAAAAAUCGUCUCGGAGAUAUCCAAGGGGUUGGCUUCCGAGGAAAUGCUCAUUCUUAUGGAGCGCAUUGAGGAGUUGGAUUAUCAGGCGGGUGUUACAGCUUCUGAGGCCAUCAAGGCGGCCUAUUGUGACGUGGCGGUGGAUUGCACAGUUAAGCUGCUUGAGGAGAGUCAGGACAGAGCGAAAUACUUCAAUGCGGUGAAGAGAAUCUGGAGGGGAAGGGUUCUGAAGAUGGAAAUGGCGGGUAAUGUCGGGCUGAUUUCUGAUGAGCUACUAAAUUGGAGAGAUGAUAUCGAGACUUCUGUAUGGAAUUCUAGUGUUGAUGAAGAUCUGUUGAAGAAGUGGAGAGGCUGUGAAGCUCUGGAAUCUGUUAAAGUUUAUGUUGAAGAAGCGUGGGCGGAUAUGGGGCCUUCGUUUCUUGAACAUGUGGUGCAGACAGUAGGUAAUGAGCAAAUUACUCAAGUUUUGAAACAGAGUACCUGCCCAGUAUACGAUCAAGAUCUCAGUUCUGAUGAAGUUCAAAGUAGUAGUGCAGUAUACGAUCAAGAUCUCAAUUCUGUUGAAGUUCAAAGUAGUAGUGCAGAAAUGGAGAAACGCAGUAGAGGAGCAAAAAUUAGUGAUUCAGAUAGCCAGGAUGGAAGAGCUGCUUCUGAAAAUGGUUUCACUUUUACACCUGAAGUUAAGAAAAUGCAGAAAGCUCUAAGAGACAGUUGUAGGGACCUGCAAGCUGUGGUAGUUGAUCCUCUACCCGAGGCAAUACAGCUUGCUGACAAAAUAAUCUCUAACCUGCCAGUAAACAAUUUGAAUUCGAGUUGCCCCAUGGAUGUAGAGAAUCUAUCUACUGCUAAGAGUGACGAGGCUAUUGGUGUUAAUGAGACUCAGAAUAACAUUAGCAGGAAGCCCGGCUUAAUGGAGAGGAAUAGCACUGCUCGUGUCCAUGAGUGGGAUGAAUCCCUGGAUGAUGCAGUUGAUGGAUCUAGUGACAGAAAUCGUCUUCACUUGCCCAGUCCAAGUAAAAGGCGUGUUUCUCCAUUGAAGAUACUUGAGAUGAAAAAUUUGGGAAAGAGAAAAAAGAGGAGAUGGAGUAUCGUUGAAGAAGAUACUUUGAGGGCUGGUGUUGAAAAGUACGGUAAAGGUAAUUGGAAGUUCAUCUUGAAUGCGUAUAGAGAUAUUUUGGUUCAGAGAACUGAGGUUGAUUUGAAGGAUAAAUGGAGAAACAUGACAAGAUAUUGAAUGAAUGAAUUCUUCAUUAUGAGAGCUUUGUGUCGCAUUUUUGUAUGUUACUGGAAACACUUAAGUAAGCUCUGUCUGGUGGGAAGUCGUUUGGUGAAAUGAAACAAAGUUGUUCUAAGACAUUAAUUCUGACUUAUGUUUUUUUUUGGGAAAACACGUGGCUUAUAUUAUCAGAAACACUUAAGUAAACUCUGUGGGGUGGGAAGUCGUCUGGUGAAACAAAGUUGUUUUGAGACAAGUAAACUCUGUUUUUUAUUAAUUCAGGUAUAUAUUUAUGUGAAAAACAAGGCUGGUUUAUUUA